AUUGAGCAAUGUUCUUUUUCAGGGUACGACAGCUCCACCAUGAACAAGUUAAGACAGAGUUUUAGACGAAAGAAAGAUGUAUAUGUUCCAGAGUCCAGCAGGCCGCACCAGUGGCAGACUGAUGAAGAAGCUGUCCGUGGAGGAAAAUGUAGUUUCCCGGUUAAGUAUUUGGGUCAUGUUGAAGUUGAAGAAUCCCGUGGAAUGCAUGUUUGUGAAGAAGCCGUCAAAAGAUUAAAAGCUGACCUACUUGUAGACCAGACCAUAGAAAAAGUGUCCUUCUGUGCUCCUGACAGGAACUUUGACCGGGCUUUCUCGUACAUUUGUCGGGAUGGUACCACUCGUCGCUGGAUCUGUCAUUGCUUCAUGGCCAUAAAAGAUUCGGGAGAGAGGUUGAGUCAUGCAGUAGGCUGUGCAUUUGCAGCUUGUUUGGAACGGAAGCAAAAACGGGAAAAGGAGUGUGGCGUGACAGCAACUUUUGACGCUAACAGAACUACAUUCACCAGGGAGGGGUCUUUUAGAGUAACAACAGCUACUGAACAAGCAGAGCGAGAGGAAGUCAUGAAGCAAAUGCAGGACGCCAAGAAAGGUGAACCAGAUACAAAAACUGCUACUGUUGCUGCUGCUGUUGCUGUUGCUGUGGUCAGCCCUGGAGUUCCAACUGCUCCCUCACCAACCUCACCCACUGCUACAGAAUAUGCAGAUAACAAGGAAGCAUACCCCCAUGCAAUACCUCGAAGACAUGCCCCAAUAGAGCAGCUGGCCAGACAAGGAUCUUUCCGAGGCUUUCCUGCACUCAGCCAGAAGAUGUCUCCGUUCAAACGUCAGCUGUCAUUGCGAAUCAAUGAGCUUCCUUCAACUGUGCAGAGAAAGACGGACUUCCCAGUGAAAAAUGCUGUUCCAGAAGUUGAAGGUGAGAUGGACAGCAUUAGUUCCCUGUGCUCGCAGAUCACUACUGCAUUCAGUGGACCACCCGAGGAUCCCUUUUUGUCGGCUCCCAUGACAAAACCCACUGUGGCGGUGGCUCCGCAGUCUCCUCCUGCCCAAGUGAAUGGCACUGCAUCCGCCUUUCCCUUGCCUGUUGCUAAACCAGCCACUACCACCAUAGCUCCUGCUGCUAUGCCUGUUCGUGAUACUAAUCCUUGGGCACAUGCCCCUUCUGCUUCUGCUUCUGCCACCCCUCCUGCUGCUCCUCUUGUUCCUGUUACUAGUAUUGGAACAGCAUCUGGUACUGACUGGGGAACGCACAAACCUAGUAGCACAGCAGGAAACUUCCAGCCAAGCCAUAGGCGUACUCCUUCAGAAGCAGAUCGUUGGCUUGAGGAAGUUUCAAAGACUGUCCGGGCUCAGCAACCGACUCCAGUUCCUGUUCCUCUACAGCCUCCAGCACUUUCACAACUGCCCAUGCCUGUUCCAUCUUCAGCACAACCACUGCCAAUGAAUACAUAUCUGCCUCCUCAAGCUGCACCUAUUGCUGUUGUUCCUCCUGUACAGCCUGCCUUCAUUCCCCCACAGCCUUAUCCUAUAGCAAAUGGAUUAACCUAUUCCACUCCAAGUGUGCCAGUGGUUGGAAUCACCCCAUCCCAGAUGGUAGCUAAUGUGUUUGGCACAGCAGGCCAUGUACCGCCUUCCCAUGCCCACCAUUCACCAGCUCUGAUCAAACAUAACACAUUCCCACAGUAUGAAGUCACUUCUGCUGUUGGCAGCACAAGCCCAUUCUUCAAACCGGUUCAGCAGCUUAAUGGAUCUACAGCCUUCAAUGGGGAAGACAGCAGUAACUGGGCGAAGGAAGGCAAGUUUAUGCCUGGUGCUCCUGCAGCAGAGCCAGUGGAUCCGUUUGAGGCUCAGUGGGCAGCACUAGAGACUAAGUCAAAACAGCGGAGCAACCCUUCCCCGACAAACCCAUUUUCAAGUGACUUGCACAAGACCUUUGAGAUUGAACUUUAAAGUUUACUUAAUGACAAGACUUUACAAAGAACCUUGCUAGAAUAAGUUAAAAUUUUCAAGAGCGGGUAUGAAGAGCUGCAUCUAUGACAACUGCCAAUAGAUAAUCCUGUGGACAUAAUGGGGUAAAUUUAAAUCAGGCAAAGUUAAUCCGUAACCAAAAAUAAAGCAAGACAGAGCUGCAUGCUAGAUUUCCAGACACUGGUUCAGUAAUGCAGCAAUGAAGAAUAAAUAUAUAAAUAAAUAUAUAAAUAUAUAUAUAUAUAUAGGCUAGCUGCUUCUUUCAGAUUGUGUCCUGUGGUUUUAUGCCCAGAAACACUGCAGUUCUGAUAACGCUGGAGCUUCCAUUUUAAGUAUAUAAAACGAAAAGCCAAAAUCUUUAUUUUUAUGCAUUUAGAAUAUUUUAAAUAGUUUAGGAAUGAGAAAGAAAUUGAGUUGUAAGUAAUCUUGCCAAAGUGAAAUGUAAAUACAGAUUUGAUUUAUCAUUGAUUCUAUUGUAAGUAAAUGGGGGGAGAGAUCUACAGUUAUUUAGCUUGUCCUUGUACUGAAUUUAAAGCAGUUUGCUGUAAAGUAGUCUUUUUGCUAAACACAAUCAUGAUUAGUACUCACCAUUAAUACUGUCGGUAUUGCAGCUUCAGAAAAUUAGCAGUAUUGUUGUGGGUAAGAACCACAGAAGACAUUCUCCCAGUUAACUCCAGUUACUGUAUCACAAGCAACACUGUUCCCUCUCUGUCUAUAUAUAUAUAUGUGUAUUCAUAUACUAUACUAUGUUACUGUUGGAACAUUGUCUUACAUGUUGCUUUGUUUUUAACACUGUCUUAUUCUUUAUUGUUGUAACCAUUUUGCGAAUGGUAAAUAUGAACAUUGCACGUAAAAGGGGAAAGCUAUCCAGAAGAUGGGAAAAUAGUACCUGUGUUUUGGCUGUAAACUAGUGCGGAACAAGGCUGAGUGAUGAGCCAAAGCUUGCUGCUAUAACGGGUUAAAAUUAAGUUCAGCAACCAUAACUUAUCUCCACUUACCGAACAGAUUACUCAGUAAAAUUCUGAUUUCACAAGUAGAGAUUUGCAAGUAUAGCCUGUGAAACAUUUUCCUAGUUUGAUUGUCCCAUGAGUUGAUGCCUGUUUAGUCCCUUUUGUAAGGCAUCUGAAUACUUGGGGCUCUGUUAGGUACAAAAUAUAGGCUCAUGGCCCAUGCAAUUAAGCACCAGACCGUGGUGCAUAUCCCACAUUCUUGAUGGAUGCUAACACAAGUUUAAUUUUAAAGUCAAUAAAAUGUGUAUCAUGUGAUGUAGAGAUAUGCAGUCUGGAGAAAAUGCACAACCAUGUGAUUCGUAUCUUUUAACCAUUGGAAAUUUUAGAACUGUUGUGGCCCACUUUGUAAUGCCAGUUUUAAUGUUUUCUAUGUUUUCUACUUUUUGUGGCACUUCACCAAAUGUCGAGUUCACAGCUGGUAUUUGCCACCACACUAAGCCUUUAUCUCUUUCUGUCUUUUAAACAAUUUGGCUAAAAGUGUACACAUUGCUUUGGAUAUCUCUUUUGAAUGUGAGCCUUACAAUCAUGUGUAAUUAAUAUAUUUGUAUCAUAAUGAUUUAUAAUCAACUUUAACAGAAAUAAAUGUUGGUAGUAGAAAAAGUGGCAGCUCUGUUGCUGUGGAGUCUGAGGAAGAAUUUGUUUGUUGGUAAUCAAGUGCUUUGAACUCUUUUAACAGAUGGCAAGGAUGAGAUACAACUCCAUUGACAGUGGAAUGACAUUCUAAUCUGUACUGCUUAGUGGAAAGACUGGGACAAAAGUGAUGACUGAAAUGUCAUCCAAGUUGUAGUUUUCUCCUAGACAUUUUAGAACACUGAAUUAAACAAUUAAAAAGUGACAAAAUAAACCACUGAAAAAUAGAAACUGCA